AUGCCGUUUGAAAAUGAUAUAAAAAAAAGAGGGAGUAAAAAGAAAAGAAAAAAAACAUCCCUCAGGGGGGAGGAGAUCGACGAGGACCUUAUUGGAAUUGCCAAUCUGUUCCAUGACCAAGGGGAGGACGACGACGUCAGCGAUGGGAGCGAUGGGAGCGAUGGGAGCGAUGGGAGAGAUAGGAGCAAUUUCGACGAGGAGGAGGAAGACGACGACGAUGAAGAGGAUGACGAGGAAGUCGACGAUGAAGAGGAAGGCGACGAUGAAGAGGAAGGCGACGAUGAUGAAGAGGAUGACGAGGACGACGAGGAAGGCGACGACGAUGAUGACGAGGACGAGGAGGAGGAGGAAGAGUAUGACUCCGCCAGCGAAGUGAACAAUGUGCAAGUAAAACGGCACAGGCGCAUGCCAAUCGCGGGGGGACACAGCUCACUGGCGGAGAACGACGAGCGGGAAGUCGCCCCGACAAAGAAAAAGAAGAAUGAAGGGCAAAGCGGAGCACAAAGUGGGGCACAAAGUGGAGAACAAAGUGGAGGACAUAAUGAUGGGAAAAUUGUACCAGGUGAAGAACCAGGUGAAGAACCAAGUGAAGGGCGAAGCAAAAAACAGACAAAGAGAAUGACCCCACAAGAUCGCAGCGAGUGCUUCAUCAGCAAAGACUUCAUUAAAAAGGUGGGACAGCUGAACAACAUUAUUAACCAUCAAAACCCAUUCGAAAGUGACUCCAGCUUUCACCAAAUAUCAAACAUAAUUGAAUUACGUGUAAGACAGAUAAUUGAAGAAGCCAACAAAUUUUAUCAAAAGAGAAAAAGAUACUGUAUUAACAGAUUUUUAAAUCUCAACGACUUCACCAACUCUUGUCAUUAUUUGAAUGUAACAAUUCCAUACAGAUAUCAGGGGAUGCAAAAUGGGAGAGUGAGGUGGAGGUUGGUAUCUAAGAAAGGCUUUAAGAAUGUGAAAAAUAAAAUGAAAAAAAAGAAAAGAAAAAAAGGCUACCUCCAGAAAGGCAGAAAAAAGAAGAGGCGGAAUAAUUUCAACCUUAGUGCCGCCAAAAUAUUCAAGGAGUUUCAAACUCAGCAAAAUAGGAGAACCAACUAUUACAGGGAAUUCGCCAACAGGGAAAAAGGGAAGGAGAAAAGGAGCCCCAUUGGGGGGCCAAGUGGCGAAACUGGUGGAGAGGGAAGCGGCGAGGUUGGCAUGCAGGGUGGCAUCCAGGGUGGCAUCCAGAGUGGCAUCCAGAGUGGCAGCCAGGGGAGUGGCGAUAAGGAGAAAGCAAAAUGUUCCAGUAGGGACAUGGAUGAAACGGUUCGCAGCGGGGUAAACGACUUGUUGGGUGCCCAAAGGGAAAAUGAAAAGGAGGAGCAGGAGCGGGGAGACGUAGGAGCAGACGCAGGAGGAGACGCUGCGAAGGAACCCUUUAGUCUCCCCGAUGAUUCGUCCAGUAAGGACAACCCAGAGGUGAAUGCCUCCGUCGAAAAGGAGGGAGGCAAUCCUUGCGAAAAUGAGGAGGCGGAGAGGAACUCUGCCAAAGGGGCUGCAGAGAGCGGCAGCAGUCAGAAGGCCCUGAGCGUGAACGACGGGCAGGAUGAACAGAAAGGCCUCGCGGGCAGUGAUGCCCAGAGCAGUGUCGCUCAUCAUGAUGGUAACCAGGGCAAAGAUCACGACCACAGUGCGAGUGACCUGCUGGCAGAAAUCACGAGAGACGUGGAAAGCGAAGAGAUCGGUAACGGGGACCCACUGAGAACUGUCAAUGAAGGCCCCCCCGAGGGAGAAGGGCUGGGGGAUGAACAAAAGCGCGAUGAAGGUAAUGGAAGAGUAGAAAGUGACAACGUAGGGAAUGGUGAUAUUGGGAAGGACAGGAGCUGCCCGCGGGAAGGUCCCCACUGUGACCGCGGCGGAAAGGACAGUCACACGGUUGGGAUGGGCACCCAGAGCGGUGAGGAAGAUAACAACCUACUGCACUACAACUUGUAUUUGCAAAAAAAUAAAAAAAUAAUAAAAAAUAUUCAAAAUUUUUUGCUGAGCGAUAUGCAGAAUGUGCUCCCCGUGGAGGCCAACAUGACCAUUUUUUGGUUGUUUAUACAAAACCGUUGUAAGAAGAGGAAGAAGGAGAAGAAACUGAACGGACAAAGUUCCAGCAUUGGGGGGGAUUACUACUACGCUUGUGGCUCAGGGGGGAGCAAUGAACGGGGGAAGAGCGCCCCGGUGCAUUUUGACUACCAGUGCUACGAAAUGUUGUACAGGGUGGACAGGAGGGGGCGGGACUUACACAGCCACCGGGGGUUCGCAGACAGGCACGGAGAUAGUAACAGAGACAGCCACGGAGAUAGCCACCGAGACAACCACAGAGACAGCCACAGAGACAGCCACAGAGACAGCCACAGAGACAGCCACAGAGACAACCACAGAGACAACCACAGAGACAACCACUUGGAUCGCCAGCGAGGCAACAUUUUCCUGCUGCCCAAGUUUUACCCCAUAAACAAGGAAUACGCCAUUCUGUCAAAGUACAUUUUAGAAAUCAUAAAAGACAUAAUAAACUACCGAGUGAACUUUUUUGACUACAACAACAUUUUACACAUAUUUACAACAUCAAAGGAGAUUAACAAAAUACUUGCAAAUAUUUUUUUCUUCCUGUUCAACGAAUUGGAUCACAACUUGGCAUUUAAUAAUAUGUAUGCAUCACUGAUGCUGUUAAUUUUAGUGGAUGGAAUUAUAAAGAAUUUGACACCCAUUUUUACUGCCUACAAAUACUGAAUGAGCGGCAUGACGAGCGGCAGGACGGGCGGCAGGACGGGCGGCAGGACGGGCGGCAGGACGAGCGGCGGAUUGCCAGGGUCCCUGUACAGAAUUUUCAAACAUAUGAACAAUAUCCUUGUGUUGGAUAAUGCCGCUACUUGCAGCUACUUAAACUACUUAAUGGAUUUUAUCAUUAAGUAUGCCGAUUACCAUUUGCCGCUCCUUUUAUCCAUAAUGACUGUCCUGGGCCGGGGCUCCGCCGCUUUGAUUACUGCUACAGUGCGCCGUAAGCGUGGAUCGAAGCGGUUGAGGGGACAUCCCAAACAGAUGCACUCACGACGACGGGGUGAAGCACUGCGGCGAAGGGGUUCAGAGCGAGGUAACAAAUCUGCCAAAGUUAGAAGAAAAAAAAUAAAAAAAAACAGACUUAAAAAGGAACGCAGGAAAAAAUCGAAGAAGGAAGAAGCGCUCCUCGACGUUGGCGCUGUUCGAGCGUACGAACACCAACACGAUGUGCAGAAGUUAGAAAAAAGGAAAAAUUACCUAAAACAUGUUAAGAAAAUUUAUGAUUAUUAUGCCAGGCAAAACCAAAGUACCAAGGAUGACAAUGUGUACGUGGGUCACUAUAACAACGGGGACGAUCUGGACGACCUGGACGAUCGAGGAGAUCUAAUUUCAACAGAAAACAUGAACAUCACUGAUGGGAAUAAAAAGGGAUUCCUCACAGCGUAUGUAAAAAAAAGAAUUUUGCUAAACAAGACACUGCUGCAGAAUAUGAUGCACACAAAUCAGUUGCAUGCAAACAUUGCCGUAAAUAAAAUGCUUUGCAAAAUUUUAAAUAAAUUUGAAAAAAGGAGAAACAGAAAGGUAUCCCGUCGUCGGAGCAGGGACGAUGGUUUGCUUCUCUACAAUUCGUGUUACUACUUUUUGUAUACCCUCUGA